AUGACGCCAAGCGAACAAACUGGCCGCUCUUCCAGUCUAUCAGCCGUGGAGCCACCGCUAUGGUCCAGGCAAGAUGUGGAAGAGGAAGGCGAGUAUUCGAGCGCUGCGCCGGCCCUUGAUUGGGCUUCGACACGCUCUUCCUUGCUCGAUGAGACAAAAUCAACAGAGGCUAGCAUGGAUGAUGUCUUUGAUACAUUUCACAUCACGCCACAAAGGCUCGAGGCCGAUGACCGCCGCCAUGCUAAUGAACCAGGCAGUCUGUGGCGACAGUACCUGCCUAUGAAUGAGGUGGACGAUCGACCUCAGGGAGAAGAAGUACCGCCUCCAGACGAAGAAAAUUUGGCAGAAGAGAAAGAGUCCAUGCCAUCGCUCAAAGAAGCAUUCUCUCAGAUCAAACGAGCCACUCGAGAAAUGUUUGAGCGGGCUGUGCGGCGUAGGAAUGCACGUCGUGCGCGCUUUCCUGACCAAAUAUGGCUCCCCAUGCGUGAGAAUGGUGCAGAGGCAGUUGGUGUAAAUGAGCGAAUGCCAGUGUAUGCUUCUUUGCGGGGGAAAACGUUAUGUUAUUUUGGCCCUGACCAUCCCGUCCGCAUGUACUUGGCCAGACUACUUUCUUCAUGGUGGAUUGAGCCAACGAUUCUCGCCAUUAUUAUCAUGCAUUUGGUUGUGGUGACAGUCAUGGCCAGCCGCGAUGUAAACUACCAUCCCCGGUCGCAUAGGGCGAUGUCAGAAGCAGACGAAAUUUUGCUGCUGGUCAUCUUCGUGCUCUAUACCAUGGAAAUGAUGGCACGUGUGAUCGUCUCGGGCCUCCUUAUCAACCCGCCGCCAUACGACAUAGCGUCUGUGAAAGCAGGCGAACGGCCGUUCACGCAUGAACAGUCCAACACCGCCUUACGACUUUGGGAGAUGUAUGAUGCGCUGUGUGGCGCUAUCUACCGUUUCUUUCGUCCAUACAGCAAAGAGGCAAAGGAGUAUGCGCAAAUCAAACUAGCGAAGUUCCAGCCGACGCAAGGCGUUGGCCAGGCCCGACCUGAAGACUUUGAGCUGAUCGAGCCAUGGUGGGGCACCAACAGAGAGAAUGCGCAUUGGAUCCAGUGGAUUUACUAUGAGUGUAUUGCUGUGGCUUUGCAUCUGUCGCGAACGAUUACAGGUGACCCGCGGCAAAUGGCGAAACGUGCCUAUUUGCGCCAUAGUUGGAAUCGUGUGGAUACACUGGCGAUUCUGUGCUACUGGAUUGCACUGGGCCUCCAAAUAUCGGGUGUGGAUCGAACGCCAUUGCACCAUAUAUACAUUUUCCGUGGACUGAGUGUACUACGCUGCUCGCGUUUGCUGGGAUUAUGGGAAGGUACAGAGACCAUUUUACGCUCGCUGAAGCGUGUCUCACCCUUGCUGCUGCGUGUGUUCUUCUUUAUUGUCUUUGCGAUGCUUCUCUUUGCUGUCAUUGGUAUCCAAAGUUUCAAAGGAUCCUACCUUCGUCAGUGUGUGUGGAUUGGCGACCUGAACAACGAGCCACAACAGAACUUCACCCUCUCCCAAUUGUGUGGUGGCAGUGUCGACCCAAACAAUCAAAAUAAUACAAUCGGAUACAUUGGCUUUCAGGGGUCUUUGCAGCCACACCACGAUGCAAAAGGCUACAUUUGCCCGUACGGGCAGCUGUGUAUGGAGCAACCGAUGAAUCCGUUUAACGAUGUGAAGAGCUUUGACGACGUGUUCCAUUCGUUGCUGCAGGUGUCCGUGGUAAUCUCUCUCAAUGGCUGGUCCAACACAAUGUAUGACAUGAUUGACGCCGAUUACUAUACUGUGAUUAUGUUCUUCAUUUUUGGCAUUAUAAUUCUGAACCUUUGGCUUGCCAACUUGUUCGUCGCUGUGAUCUCGCACUCGUUUGCGUCGCUGAGUGCACAAACAGCACGUAGUGCGUUUGCCGCUGAAGUGAUGCGAGAGCGAACGAAUGAGCAGCCUGAACCGCUGCGCAAGCGGCGACGCCGACGACGCGUGGUGGAGUGGUACCGCCGUACACGGCGGUAUACCCAGUACAUCUGGCUGGCGCUGAUCAUUGUCAGUGUCGCUGUGCAGGGUAGCCAGGCGUCGUAUGAGUUCCCAGAGCAGCGCGCAUGGCGUCAACGAAUCGAGCGGUUCUUGGUCAUUCCCUUUGAUUUGGAGAUCAUUAUCCGUUGGGGUUUUGAUUGGCUGGAUGAUGGACCAGGCACCUUUUUCCGGCACAAGCGCAAUGUGCUCGACAUGGUGAUUGCCAUUAUCACGACCAUCAUACAGAUCCCUGUGGUGAGGAACUCGGCAUGGUACCCAUGGCUCACAUUUUUCCAACUCCUUCGGUUUUACCGUGUCAUUGCAGCGAUUCCACGUAUGAAGAGUUUGCUGCUUCGUGUGGUCGGUUCCAUGUCGGCGUUGUUCAACAUGAUUGCGUUCCUCAUUAUGACGAUUUUCCUAGCGGCCUUGGUCACCAUUCAACUAUUCCGAGGCGAUGUGCCCCCGCAAGACCCGGAUGGCAACGAUGCUGAGUUUACCUGGAAACAGCUCUUUAACGGCUUUUUGGGGGUCUACCAAAUCUUCUCAUCCGAGAACUGGAGCUCGACCCUGUUCAAUGUGGUGAGCGGCGAGAAGGACUGGCACCAAGGUGUUAUUUCGGCUAUCUUUUUGGUGGGAUGGUUCAUAUUUGCCAACUUUAUCCUCUUGCAAAUGUUUAUUGCGGUGAUCAAUGAAAACUUUCGCGUGGCUGAAGGUGAUAAAUACAAGCGGCAAAUGGAAAAUUACCUGCGGCGUACGGAAGUGCCAACGCCUUCGCUCCUAACGCGACUUAUGCAACGAUUCAGCCCGUUCCGUGUGCCGCAUGAGCAAGGGACCAUGCCACAUCGCCUGGAAGGCCCUUCGACGACGGAUACGAUGCGGUAUGUCGAUACAAGUAAUCUACCGAUGGGUGAAGAGAAGCCGUUGCGCAGCAUGUUUAUGCAGCUUGUCACACCAGACCAGGCUGGCCUAGUGUUCGGCACGCUGCAGCGUGUGCUACGUCUAGACAAGCCGCAAGAACAUGCGGAGUUGGCGGCCUUGCAAACGCAUGCCUUGAGCCAGUCGAAGAAAACCAGUACGAUGAACGAUAUUGAGGAGCUUAUCAACGAGCGUGAGGGGACCAACCUGCUGGAAAGCAAUGUGCGUACGAUGCGAGUGGAUUUGGGUUUGAGCAACAAAGACGAUGAGAACGAGUUUUUGGACUACUACAUGAAUCAUGCCAGCAAAGACCCACGUAUUCGCUUGGCGCAGAUGAUGGCGGAACACCCUUCGUACGAUCGUUCAUGGUUCCUCUUCUCCAACCGCAAUCCGAUCCGGCGUUUCUGCCAGAGUAUGACGCGCUGUCCACAUGGCGAGCGAGUGUUUGGCCGACCGAUGUCCAAGUUCCGACACUACAUUUUCCAAACCGUGGUCCUCGGUGCGAUUGUGGCCUCGGUGGUCAUGGCUGGGAUUGCGACACCAGCGUACCGCAAAAAUUUCUACGCAGAGCACAAGGUGAUCUACUAUUCGUGGUUUGCGAUUGUUGAGAUCAGUUUGUCGGCGAUUUUCGUGGCCGAGUUCUUUGUGAAGACCAUUGCGGAUGGGUUCAUCUUCACGCCCAAUGCGUAUCUACUCAACAUGUGGAACUUGCUCGAUAUGUUUGUGCUGAUCUUUUUGCUGAUCAAUGUGAUUAGUGAGCUGGUCGUCCCAGGUGGUGUAUCGCAUUUUACUCGAGCUAUCAAGGCGUUCCGUGCCUUGCGUCUCAUUAAUUUGAGCUCGUUGAUGCGUGAUACGUUCCAUGCGGUGAUUAUUGCUGGCGCUGGCCAUAUCCUGGAUGCGGCGAUACUCGCAUUGUUGUACAUUAUUCCCUAUGCUGUUUGGGGCCAGAACCUGUUCGCAGGACUGUUGUAUGCCUGUACAGACACAAGCAGUUCGAUUGUGACCAAGCUGGAUUGCCAUGGCGAGUAUUCCUCCUCGCCCCUGAACUGGGCCUUCCUUGCGCCGCGUGUAUGGGAGAAUCCCUCAGAAGGAAGCAAGUACUCGUUUGACGACUUUAAGAGCGCAUUGCUCAUCCUCUUCGAGAUUGUCUCUCUCGAAGGCUGGAUCGAUGUCAUGACACGUGCUAUGAGUAUCACAGGGCGUGAUCGACAGCCAGACAGAGACGCGUCACAGCACAAUGCCGUGUUCUUCUUGAUCUACAACUUGAUCGGUGCAGUAAGCGUUUUGACGCUGUUCGUCUCGGUGAUCAUUGAAAACUUCCAGCGGUACUCCGGCGCUGCUUUCUUGACCACCGAGCAGCGACAAUGGCUGGAUUUGAAGCGCCAACUGCAGCGCCAAGCCGCGUCGAAGCGGCCUCAGAAACCACCGUCCCAGCCAUUUAAGCGGUGGUGCUUUGAGGCGGCGAUUCGUAAGCGCGGAUGGUGGCAACGGUCCAUGACACUGCUGUACUGUAUCGUAUUGGUGCUCCUCAUGUCGCAGACCAAUGCAGAGACGCAAGGCGAAGAUCGAGGCCGCUCCAUUGCGUACUCUAUAAUUGCUGUGGUAUUCCUCUUCGACAUUGUGAUCCGAUGCUAUGGCCUGGGCCUGCACAGUUUCCGCCGCAGUUACUGGAAUUGGUACGACAUCUUCGUGAUGGCCGGCACGUUUGCGACGAGUAUUUCCCGAGCCAUUUAUCCAUCCUCGUCACAGGUCCAUGCACAACUGCAAAAGAUCUUCCUGACAGGCGUCACAUUGAAGCUGUUCCAGCGUAGUGAUGCUCUUGAUUUGCUCUUCAAGACGGCAGUCAGCUCCAUUCCAGCGAUUGUCGCCCUAUUCCUGCUAUGGCUGACCAUGUUCUUGGUAUGGGGCAUUAUGUUGGUCGAAGUGUUUGGACUCACGAAAUGGGGGCCCAACGAGACACAUGCCAAGAACCUGGGCUCGCUAUGGCGUACGCUGAUCUUCUUGUCCAUGACAUCCACCGGCGAAGGCUGGAAUUCGUACAUGCACGACUUUGCGGUUCAGCCGCCUAUGUGUACACCGUCGAGCAACUAUCUGGAGACGGACUGUGGAAGUGUGUCGUGGGCCUACUUUUUGUUCAUUUCGUGGAAUAUCAUCUCCAUGUUCAUCUUCCUUAACAUGUUCACGGGUACUGUCGUGGAGAACUUCUCGUACGUGUACCAUUUGCAAGGCUCGACUGCGUUAUCGCGUGAUCAGAUGCGCCUGUACAAAGACACCUGGAGCAAAUUUGAUCCACAGGGCCGUGGCUACAUUCGGCAGGACCAAAUUGUGCCCUUCUUGGCUCACUUGUCGGGUAUGUUUGAAGUGAGUCUGUUUCCACCCGAUAUGCGUGUCCAUGCACUGAUGAAUGUGUCCCGCGUGCAUGUGCCUGACAUGGAUGAGCCAUCUUCGCCCAAUUCAUCCCGUCGCCAUCGACUAUGGCCACGCUCACCACGCUCCCCAAAGACACCACGAAGUGCCAAGGUUCCGCCGUCGCCCAACUCGGUGUCGUCACGCCGCAGUUCCGGGAGCACAAGUGCCGUAGAGCCGUCUGUGGCCGACUUGGGCUUAUUGCAGGGUCGAACAGACUUGGACGUCUUGCCUCUCUCACGAGUAGAGAGUGGCAUUGAUCUCGAGAAGCUCGAGGCAAAACUGUCGCGUGCCAAUUGGGGUGAGCUGCGCAUGCGCCGCCAACGCCUGAAUCGCAUGUACCAAGAAGCGGUGCUCAGUGACAAAGGCAAGGGCGUGUCGUUUUCAUCGAUGUUGUUCAUCAUUGCGUACCAUAAGCUCUGUGGCUCACCGACCAACAUGGAAGUGUCAGAGUUUAUUGAGCGCCGUGCUCUCAUGAACAAGAUUGAUGCCAGGAUCAAGUUGGAGCGCGUACGUGGCCUAUUGCAUAGUGUGUACUUGCGCCGCCGCUUCCUGGCUGCUCGGGCAGGAGAGCCAUUCACGCGUGUCGCAGUCCCGAGCGAUGACCGUGGCUUCCCUUCGAUUACAGUCGAGCGUACAGCCACCAUGCAUCACCCCUCGACACCUUCCCGUCACACUCGCCCUGUGAUUCAUAUCAGCACAGACAUUAAUCCGUUCCAUAUGUCCGACGAGGAGGAAGGUGAGGGUGGCAGCAGUCACAGGGGCAGCAUGCCGAGUGGUGAGCCUGUCACGCCAUCACGCAUUUAUGACCAUUAUACGGACACCGUGGACGGGGUCGAUGUGACCAGUCUUCAUGAGGUACGCCUAACGCCGCUCUCUGCGCAGCUUUCGCGCUCGCGUACACCCGUCUCGAGCGGAAGCUCAGACCCACCUGGCGUCGAUACACCCACAGCGUCGCCCAGGUACCCCUCUUCUCUUUCAGAUACGUGGACGCAGAUCAUGCGCCGCCUAUCUCAUGAUUCACGACCUGAUGACGAUCCUCAUCUACUUUAA